GAGGUAGAGGAAGCAGAGGGAGUGCCUUCCUUGUGCUCAUGCACCGCUAGGACCAAAAGGGGAAGGGGAGACGCGUAGCCGCUCCGGUGGUAGUCGGUUCAGACUCCCCAGGACUUAACACACUUCGAACUGUAUAUUUUUUUACAUUUUCAUUAUUUUUUCUUUGUUUAAGAAUUGCUCUCAUUUCCAUUUAUCUAGCCGUUCUCUAUCCUGUCUAUUUACAUUGUCCUAGCAUACGUGUUCACUCUAUAUCCUUGGUUCAGAUGUUGAUUGUUCUGUUCCUUUUAUCUUUCGUAUUCCUAUUUUCAUCAGCACGAUGCACGCCUCUCUUCUUUUGCUUUUCACCUAAUGACAUCAAUGGUAGCAAUGUCUAUCUUUUUGAAUUCUUAUGACAAUUUUUGUUCACGACAGUAAUUGUUUUUUUUUUUUUAAACAUACAUCUCUGUCGCCUCUUCCCCCGCCCCCCCGCUUACUACUAGCCCUUCUAAUCCUUUCCAUUUCUUUGCUGUAUUUAUUUUCCCCCUCCCCCAUUACCUACAUAUGCAUCACUUAUAACCUUCCCUGCCGCUCCUUUCUCCAAGGAGGGGAGGUGUGAUGAUGCAGAGAAAGGUGAAGCCCCCCUCGGGUGCUGGUCCUGGCCGCUCUGCGGAGCUUCGUGUCUUCCGUGGCCCUUCUGCUGUUGUACAUGAAUCGCGUCUCCCUGGAGCCCCUCUUCGACGCCAGCGAUCCCUUACAAAUCUAUCGGUGUUGACUGAUGCCGAGAAGAAACUACGCCUAUGUGGCCCUGACUGGUGUGAUGACCUUUCUACAGUGAAACCCCCUAGAAGCCAGAUUGCAGCCCCAGCCUCACCAGCCAUGUCCCGGGCACUGUCUCGCUCUGAGCACUCUUUACUUCAGCCCCGGACCCCUAGCCGUAUACCUCGUGGCCCAUAUGCUGAGGUCAAACCACUCAGUAAAGCACCAGACCCUGCCCCGGCUGGAUCCGGGGUGGAUGACCCUGAUAAAGAGUCCUCUGAGGAUAAAAAGACAUUUUUAAAGGUGGACCCAGAAUUAGUGGUGACUGUGCUGGGUGACUUGGAGCAACUGCUGUUCAGCCAAAUCUUAGAUCCUGAAACUCAGCGUAAAAGAACAGUUCAGAAUGUUCUGGACCUGAGACAAAACUUGGAGGAUACAAUGUCCAGUUUGAGAGGGUCUCAAGUAACACAUAGUUCCCUGGACAUGCCAUGUUAUGACAGUGAUGAUGCCAACCCUCGCAGUAUUUCCAGUCUAUCUAAUCGCUCCUCCCCAGUGUCUUGGCGUUAUGGGCAGGCUAGCCCACGUUUGCAAGCUGGGGAGGCCCCAUCUCUUGGUGGAUGCCGCUCAGAGGGUAGUGGUGGAAGCUGGCAAUUUUCUCACACUAUGCCUCUUAGGGGUGGAACUAGAAUCUGCAGCAUUACCCAGCGACUGGAACUGAUGGAGGCUGGUGAAAGAGAUAUAAAAUCUGGAUAUGGGAGUGACAGCGACUGUCAGCUUGGCAAGGACACCACACAUGAUGAUGAUGACAUUAUCACAAGUUGGGACGAAAGCAGUUCAAUAAGCAGUGGAUUGAGCGAUGCUUCCGGGAAUCUCAGCUCAGAGGAGUGUAACGCCAGCUCCUCUCUCACCUCGCUGCCCUCCACACCUACGGCAUCGAGAAGGAGCUCAGCAAUUGCACUUCGUACAGACUCAGAGAAACGUUCAUUGGUGGAGAGUGGAUUAAGCUGGCAUAGUGAGCCAGAGGAGCGGGCCUCAUGCAGGAUGGAUUAUGAUAGUGGUAGUCUAAAGUCAGAACAUGGAGCAUCUCGCUGGCGGCGAGAAAAGACAGAUGAUACUUCAAAAUCUGAGAUUAAAAAACCUGUUACUCUUGGUCAGCCACUUCGCAAGGGAAAGAAUCCUCCAGUGGGAGUUACCUCUCCCAUCACUCAUUCUGGACAAAUAAAUCUAAAGGGAGGAGGUAAACUGGAGCAAAAGGCAACUGAUAAAGCUAAGCUUACCCUGAAGACAGCUGGGCUUCAGAGAUCCUCAUCUGAUGCAGGCAGAGACCCACGCUCACCUGAUGCAAAGAAACCACCCUCAGGCAUUGCCCGUCCAGCCUCUUCUUUUGGCUACAAGAAACCUGUUGCACCCUCUUCCCCGCUUACUGGGAACUCUGCCACGUUAGGCAAGACUCCCAAGUCAUCAGGGAUCCCUGUAAAGCCCAAUUCUGCCACAACAGCGUGCAACAGAAAGACCAGCUUGGAUGUUUCAGGGACUGCAGAACCUGGUUUCCUCUCACCUACUGCCCGCACCAACAUUCAGUACCGGAGCCUACCACGGCCAGCCAAAUCCAGCACUAUGAGUGUUACUGGAGGCAGGUGUACCAGUCGUCCUCUAAGUAGCACUAUUGACGUGAGCCUGGUGCCAGUACAAGGAAAGGCCAGUUCAUCAUCACGUCUUAAAGAACCCUCCAAAGUAGGAACAGGUCGAUUAGGUGUCAACCAGACUGACCGUGAAAAAGAGAAAGCUCGUGCCAAGGCUGUGGCCCAGGACACAGAAGCCAGAGCAGUCAGUGCACAUCAGUUAGAGACACAAGCUGGCAAAGGGAAGGAGGGGACUCCAACAACGCCUCAUCGGGCAAUAGCAAAGCCUUUCACAAAGACUCCAACCUUGUCCAAUUUAGAUAAAGUUAACUCCAACAGCCUGGAUUUUACCCCAUCUGUUCCAGAAAUAGCAUCAAGCACACAAAUGGAUCUUCCCUCAGGUGGUUCCUGUCUCACUCCAAGUCCAGCUCCCAUCUUGAACAUCAACUCUACUUGUUUUUCGCAUGGACUUGGAGGUUUCAGAAUGUACCCCAAGCUUUCUGGGUUGCAUCGCAGCAUGGAGUCACUUCCGCUUUCCAUCAGUGUCCCCCAAACAGCACCGACAGGAGGUGGUGAGCAGCACACACCAGACACUGGUUGGAAUGAAGUCAACCCUAAAACCCCUGUGACAGACAGCUCUAUCCAAGACAGAAACACAUUGCCAAAAAAGGGAUUGCGGUAUCAGUCACUUUCUCAGGAUGAAUCUAAGGAGAGGCGUCACUCACACACAAUUGGAGGACUCCAGGACUCAGAAGAUCUAUCUCCUCUUCCUCCUCCACUGCCUCUUACUAACGUAGGAAAACCACCAUUGGCCAAUUUGGUGAGUCCUUCCUCGGCUCCACGCAUCGCUCGCUCUAGUAGUAUUCCAGCUCAGGACACAACCUUUGAAUUGUUUGGGUCCUCAAACCUGGGCAGUUCUAUGUCUCUUGCGGAUCGUCCCAAAGGAACAAUGACAAGAUCUGGCUCAUUCCGUGAUCCCUCUGAUGACGUUCAUGGGUCCGUCCUGUCUCUUGCAUCGAGUGCAUCAUCAACCUAUUCCUCUGCUGAGGAAAGGAUGCAGUCAGAGCAAAUUCGGAAACUGCGCCGGGAACUUGAAUCCUCACAAGAGAAAGUGGCAGCACUGACCUCACAAUUAUCUGCCAAUGCAAACUUAGUGGCGGCAUUUGAGCAGUCGUUGGUGAACAUGACAACUAGACUGCGGCACCUGGCAGAUACUGCACACGAAAAAGUAAGUGAAAAAGACUCUGAGCUUUCGGAACUGAGGGAGACUAUUGAUUUGCUGAAAUCCAAGAACUCUGAAGCACAAGCUGUCAUCCAGGGGGCACUAAACCCACCAUCAGACACUGCACCACGGGAACUGCGAAUCAGACGUCAGAAUUCAUCUGACAGCAUUUCAAGUCUUAACAGCAUCUCUAGUCACUGUAGUGCUGGUAGCGUCAAGGAUAGUGAUGGCAAGAAAAAGAAGAAAAAGAGCUGGUUACGCAGUUCCUUCAACAAAGCAUUUAACAUGAAGAAGGGACCAAAAUCAGCUUCUUCUUACUCUGACAUUGAGGAGAUGGCAACGCCUGAUUCUUCUGCACCAACUUCUCCCAAGCAACAGCAUGGGCCUCCAGGACUUUCUUCACCUUCCUUGCACUCUUCCGCCUCUUCAUCUGUGAUAUUUGAGGGACAGGAAGGGGAGGAACCAGAAAAGAGAGAAGUGUCAGACCUUCGUUCAGAGUUGUGGGAGAAAGAAAUGAAGCUCACAGACAUUCGUCUGGAAGCCCUGAACUCUGCACACCAACUUGAGCAGCUACGAGAAACCAUGCACAAUAUGCAGUUAGAAGUUGACCUUCUAAAGGCAGAAAAUGACAGACUUAAGGUGCCACCAUCCUCCGUACCUGCAAGCACCCCAUCUUCCUGCCCAUCACCUCGACGUUCUUUGACUCUUUCACUUACACAGUCUCUUGCAAAUUCUACAACAGCAGACACUGAUUUCUCUCCCAUGGAUGCAGUAAAUGGGUCUCUGCAGAGAGAAGUAACCCUCCGGACAGUUAUAAGAGUGGCCCCUCAUCAUAUCAUCAAGGGAGACUUGAAGCAGCAGGAGUUCUUGUUGGGAUAUGUCAAGAUAAGCAACAAGGCUGACUGGAAAAGCCUAGAUGAUGCUGUUUGCCAAACAUUUCAGGAUCAUCUAAAUAAGGUAGACCCAAGCUCUACCCUUGGUCUUGGCAGAGAGUCUGUGAGUGGUUACAGUCUGGGGCAUGUAAAACGAACAUUAGAUGCUGAACUUCCAGAUGUCACACCCUCCAGGAACCUGCGUGGUAGCACAAAUAUCAUUGUGCAGCUCAAAGGGCUAAAAGAGAGAUGUGUGGAUCUGCUGGUGUUUGAAUCUCUUAUACCCAAACCUAUGCUACAGCAUUAUGUCAGCUUGCUGCUUAAACAUCGUCGGCUGCUGCUAUCUGGUCCUAGCGGUACAGGAAAGAGCUUCCUUGCACACCGACUGGCAGAGUAUUUGGUUGAAAGGUCAGGAAGAGAGGUCACUGAUGGCAUUGUAACCGCCUUUAACAUGCAUCAGCAAAGCUGCAAGGAUCUGCAGUUGUACCUCUCGAACUUGGCUAAUCAGAUUGACAGGGAUACUGGGACCUGUGAGGUUCCAUUAGUAAUCCUUUUGGAUGAUGUGAGUGAAGGUGGAGCCAUUACUGAACUGGUGAAUGGGGCCCUGACGUGCAAGUACCACAAGUGCCCUUACAUCAUUGGAACGACCAAUCAGCCAGUUAAGAUGAGCCCAAAUCAUGGCUUGCACCUAAGCUUCAGUUCUUUUAUUCACAGAAUGCUCACCUUUUCAAAUAACGUGGAGCCAGCUAAUGGGUUUCUAGGCAGGUAUCUACGAAGGAAACUACUAGAGUCUGAAGGCAGCAUUGGAACUGGUCAUGGAGAGCUUCUCAGGAUGUUGGACUGGGUACCCCGACUCUGGUAUCAUCUGCACACCUUCCUGGAGAAGCACAGCACUCCUGAUUUUCUCAUAGGGCCUUGCUUCUUCUUGUCAUGUCCGAUUGGUGUUGACGAUUUUCGUGUCUGGUUUAUUGAUCUUUGGAACAACUCUAUAAUUCCAUACCUACAAGAGGGAGCUAAGGAUGGGAUAAAGGUUCAUGGGCUUAAGGCUGCCUGGGAAGAUCCUGUUGAGUGGGUUAGAGACACUCUUCCAUGGCCCCUGGCACAACAAGACCAAUCCAAGCUAUUACAUCUACCCCAGCCCAGUAUGGUUACCCACAUCUCAGUGUCAACUGCCAGAGAGCAGACCGUGAAGGAAUCACCACCUGCAUCUUUGGAGACAGACCCAUUGAUGGCAAUGCUACUAAAACUUCAAGAAGCGGCCAACUACAUUGAGUCACCAGAUAGAGAAACCCUAUGUGACACUGACCUUACAGCCACAAUAUAAUUUUGGAUAAAGCAUGGUACGCUGCUACUUAACCAAUUGAACUAAUUGCACACGUCCUUCUCACGUGAUACAUAGCGAGGAGGUCGGCUAUUGCUGUUCCUUAGUUUUGAACUCCGUAUGGACUCACCUUGCUACCUUGCUAUCAUCAAGGAUCCUCUUGAAUUAACUUAAACAUCCUAAUUAGGGAUUGUGGCAGAAAGCAUGACAACAGACAAUUUUUUUAUUUUUUUUUAAGGGUUAAAGAAAAAAGGUUUGUAGUUUUCCCUGACUGAUGUGCAGAAAAAAAUUUGAAGAGAUGGGAAUAAUGCUUUUAUUUUGUCAUUUGUAAUCUUAUAAAUCAACAAUAAUUCAUCCCUGUACUUUAUUUCUUGCUAGCUAUAAAUCUCAACCUGGAGCAUUCCAUUUGGCAAAGUUACAUUGUGCAAGAACAGUGGCAACAACUGUCCAGGCAUAAACAGAAGUUCUCCAAUGCAAACUUUAUUAGAACACAAGAAGUUGGCAAUAUUUCUGAUUUGCCAUAGAGUCUUACUCAAGUUAUCAGAAUUCCCACCAGGUCAAAUUUAUAUAAGUAUUCAUACAAUCAAUAAAACCACCAGCCCAUGGUAUACCAGGAUUCAUACUCCCUCUCGAUAACAUAUAUGUGUGUAAAACAAUAAUGGUGUAACACACAUACCAAAACAGUGAUGAAACCUGUAAGCACAAAUAUACCACGGGCCGGUGAUGUUACUUUCACCAUCCAUGAUGACAUUCUAGGUAUGCUGUGACAAGAAUAGGUAAUACUUGUACUUCUGUUUUACUAGUUUUAUUGAUUGUAUGAAUACUUAUAUAAAUUUGACAUGGUGGAGAUUCUAAUUUAAGACAAGAGGAGAUACAUAGUCUUAAAUUAGAGUGGCAAAGGUUUAAAAAUAAUAUCAGGAAAUAUUGCUUUACUGAGAGGGUAGUGGAUGCAGGCAAACUUAAAAAUUCAGCUAAAGUGGUAGGCAUAAAGCUAUCCUAGCCAUAAAAUAAGGCCAGGGACCUAAUGAGAGUAUUUAGAAAAUUGGGCAGACUAGAUGGGCGGAAUGGUUCUUAUCUGCCGUCACAUUCUAUGUUUCUAAAUAUCUAGUCUUUCAUUUAAAUGUCUUCAGUACUAUCAUACCAAUUGAGUUGCCAUGCCAAAAUAUCACCAAAAGCCAGGAACCAGAAGUGACACAUUUCAUGUUGAGUUGAGGUCAGAAAACCAAAUGCUUUAUCUCAUAGUGUCCAGUAAUCAUUUGAAAUGUUAAUCUACAAUCAACAUGACAAUAUUACAUGUUAUGAAGUAAAAAGACACUAAAAAAAUCAAUAUGGAGCUUAUUUGUAUCCUAUUCGGAUAUGUCACACAAAUCAAUUUAAAGAUUAUAAAUCACAUAUUUAUAAUAAAG